AGUGCAUUGGUUCCGACCAUGAGUAUUUAAAAGCCCCGUUUCUUCCUGAGUCCUGCCUCGCACACUAUUGUUGCAUCAGCACCCAGUAGCUUCGCGCCGUAGAAAUGUCGAUCACAGGAGAACAAGCCUUUGAGUAUGGCUUCUUGCUCCAAAUAAAAGAGGAUGCUGCACUGGCAGCAGCACUGAAUGACUACCUAACAACUCGCAGCUACCUGGCUGGUUUCAGCCCUUCUCAGGCUGACCAGCAGGCAUUUAAGCUUCUCCACAGGCCCCCAGACCCACAACAUGUCCACGCUCUGCGUUGGUACAGACACAUAACAUGCCUCCAGCAAGACCUGAGCCCAGACAGCAGCAGGAAAGGAAAGAGGGUACAGCCUCAGUGGUCUCCACCAGCUGGAACAGAUGUUCCCCAACUCCGACUCUAUAAUAGUCUCACCAGAGCAAAGGAACGCUUUGUUCCUCAGAAUGGAAACAAGGUCACAUGGUACAGCUGUGGUCCAACAGUGUACGAUGCCUCCCACAUGGGACAUGCCAGAUCAUACAUCUCUUUUGAUAUUCUGCGAAGAGUACUGAAGGACUACUUCAAGUAUGAUGUUUUUUACUGCAUGAACAUCACAGACAUCGAUGACAAAAUAAUUAAAAGGGCACGUCAGAACUACCUAAUGGACCAGUACAAGGAGAAGCAACCACAAGCUGCUCAAAUACUGAAGGAUGUGAUGACUGCCCGAGUGCCCUUUAAGGCUCGCUUGGCCUCAACUACUGACGCAGAUAAAAAACAGAUGCUUGAAAGGCUUGAUGCUGCCAUCACCAGUGCUCUGCAGCCUCUGCAGGCAGCAUUGGAGAGUAAAGCUGCAGAUGACAUCGUGCAACCUCUGGCCCAGGCACUGCUGGCAAAUUCCAAGGACAUGCUGUCUGACUGGCUGGACGGUCAGUUUGGAAGUGAAGUCACAGACAACUCAAUCUUUGCAAUUCUGCCUACAUUUUGGGAGGGAGAGUACCAUAAAGACAUGGACGCCUUGAAUGUUCUUCCUCCUGAUGUCCUUACCCGUGUCAGUGAAUAUGUACCAGAAAUUGUGGAGUUUGUGAAGAAGAUUGUCACAAAUGGCUAUGGGUAUGAAUCGAAUAGCUCUGUUUACUUUAACACUGCAAAGUUUGAUGCCUGUCCAAAACACUCGUAUGCCAAACUUGUGCCAGAGGCAGUUGGAGAUCAGAAGGCUUUACAAGAGGGAGAAGGUGACCUCAGCAUUUCUGCCGACCAGUUAAGUGAGAAAAAAUCACCCAAUGAUUUUGCCUUGUGGAGGCAUCUAAGCGGAGAGCCUUCAUGGGACUCUCCUUGGGGAAAAGGAAGGCCUGGCUGGCAUAUUGAGUGCUCGGCCAUGGCCGGCUCCAUCUUGGGGGAGUCGAUGGAUAUUCAUGGUGGUGGGUUUGAUCUCAGAUUCCCCCAUCAUGACAAUGAGCUGGCUCAGUCUGAGGCUUUCUUUGAGAACGAUCAUUGGGUCCGUUACUUCUUACACACUGGUCACCUGACAAUUGCAGGAUGCAAGAUGUCCAAAUCUUUGAAGAAUUUUAUUACCAUUAAGGAAGCCUUGGCAAAAAAUACAGCCCGCCAGCUCCGUCUUGCUUUCUUGAUGCAUUCGUGGAAAGAUACCUUGGAUUACUCCCCCAACACUAUGGAGUUAGUUGUCCAGUAUGAGAAGUUCCUGAAUGAGUUUUUCUUGAAUGUGAAGGACAUUCUGCGUGCACCUACUGACAUCACAGGGCAGUUUGAAAAGUGGGAUGUAGCAGAGGUGGCACUUAACAAAAGUUUUUACGACAAGAAGGCGGCCAUCCACGUGGCUCUGUGUGACAACAUUGACACCCGCACAGCCAUGGAGGAGAUGAGGCAGCUGGUUAAUCAGAGCAACAGCUACAUCGCCAGCAAGAAAGGUGCUAAGCUGAGACCCAACCGCAUGCUGAUGGAAAGUAUUGCCGUGUAUCUCACCAAAAUGCUCAAGAUAUUUGGUGCAAUUGAAGGUUCAGAGCCCAUUGGUUUCCCAGUUGGAGGACAAGAACAGAGCGUUGACCUGGAGAGCACAGUGAUGCCUUACCUUUCAGUUCUGUCUACUUUCCGAGAGCAAGUACGAACAAUUGCCAGACAGCAGAAUGUCAUGGAGUUGCUGGUGCUUUGUGACGAUGUCCGUGAUGUUACAUUACCGGAGCUGGGUGUCCGACUCGAAGAUCAUGAAGGACUGCCAACUGUGGUGAAACUGGUGGACAAGGAGAUUUUGUUGAAGGAACGCAAUGAAAAGAUCAAGAUGGAGGAAGAGAAGCAGAGGAAAAAAGAGGAGGCUGCCAGGAAGAAAGAAGAACAAGAGAUGGCUAAGCUUGCUAAAAUGAAGAUUCCUCCAUUUGAGAUGUUCCUUGCAGACACAGACAAAUAUUCCAAAUUUGAUGAAAUGGGUUUUCCCACGCAUGAUGCUGAAGGGAAGGAACUCAGCAAAGGACAAGAAAAGAAACUGCGCAAGCUUUAUGAAAAUCAACAAAAGAUACAUAAAGAGUAUCUUUUGAGCAUGGGCGUGCAGUCAGGGGAGGCAAAAAUAAACUAAAUAAAAUUAUUUUCAGAAAGUUCA